AUGGAUUUAGUAAUAUACACUUUAGUGCUGUUUGUUUUGUUCGUCGACAGCGACGCCGGAGGUCAUGGAGAAAAACAUCACGAUCAUGUAAAGUUACAUGUACCAGAAUUCAUUCAUCAUGACCAUCACACAAAAGUGAUUACAAUACACCAUCAUCAUCAUAAGCCUAAAAAGGAACAUCACCACCAUCACCAUUAUCAUCAACCUAAACUACAUAUUACACCACACGGUAAUCAUUAUCACCAUCAUCAGAAGAAAUCGACAUCUCAUUCUGUGUCUAAGGGUCAUUCUAGCCAUAAGGGACAUGGCCACCAUGGCCACCAUGGCCUCCAUGGUCACUAUGGCCAUCAUGGUCAUCAUGGACAUCACGGUCACCAUGGCAGUCAUCAUGGCCAUGAGCAUAAGCAUCAUGAUACACCAUCUGUAGGCUACGACUCACCGUCUGUAAGUUACGACCAUCCUCCCAUCAGUUACGAACCACCCAAAUUUAAUUACAACCCCGGUCUAUCUUAUGGAAGUGAUUAUGGAUCAUUCACGCCUUCUGUACCAGAUAUUCCAAGCGCACCUCAUGUUCACGGUGUUGUACAUACAGUCAAACAAGUUAAGGUUUUCGAUUCAUUACCCGGUGCAUUACCGGGAGUAUCGUCAGGAAAUGCUAAUACACCUUCUCAUGGUUAUGAAGUAAAAGAGCAAGAAGAGGAAGAGGAGGGUGAAGAUGACGUAUUCACUGCUGUUAACACUCUAUCCCAAACGUACCCCGGCACUUUUGGAUAUGUAAGAAGUGCCACGGCUCAUUCAGAAAACGAUCCCUUUUCUGAGAUCGUCCAACAGAGUACCGCUCAAUCGCCAAACCAUGAUCCUUUCGCUGCUGUAGAACACCCAACCUCAUUUGCAAAUUUUGAAGGUGCUACCGGGUCAGGUGACACGUUUGGUACUGCAUCUAUUCCUACUCAAGGUACUUCAUUGCCAAAUGUACAACCGUCACAAUUCACUGGAAAUGCUAUAAAUGAUGCUACAGGAUUUGAUGAUCGUAAUAAUAUAAUAAUAGGUGACGUGAGUAGUACUGCUCUUCUAUCUCCUGAUGAAGGUUUUGGUGGCGAUUCUCCCGUAUCCUUUAGCCGAGAAGCUGGUAUACAGCAAACUAUUAAAACUGGAGGGGUAGAAAGUUUCGUUUAUUAA